UACUGUGCAGCAUUUAAAUUGGACGCUGCAAAAAUGAGAUUUGUCCUAACCAGGACCCCGUACUGCCACCGACAUUGAGGAAGAAACAUGGCUGCCGCCCUGGCGAGGAGGGUGUCCGGGCUGCUGAGGCCGCUGUCUGUGUCCAUAUGCGCUAGGACACCAAAGAUCUGUCAGUUCUCCAGCCUCGUCCAGCCGCAGCCUCUCUACAGCUUUGCUGCGGCCGCUAUCCGCGCUCCUCUGCGGGCUGCAGUGUGUCAGACACCCCGGUACAACAUCCUGCAACGGGUGUCGUCUCUUACUCCCUCUCUGACUCUGCAGCCCAGCAGAAAUCUGACGUACUACAGUCUGAAGAAGGGGAAGAGGAAGAGUGUGAAAUCUGUGACAGAGAGGUUCAUGAGGCUGCACUGUGGCCUUUGGCUCAGACGCAAGGCUGGAUACAAGAAGAAAAUGUGGAAGAAGAAACCUGACAGACGAAAGCGCCUGAGAGAGCAUGUAUUCUGUAAUAAAACACAGAGCAAACUUUUGGAUAAAAUGACAACAUCUUUUUGGAAAAGGAGGAACUGGUAUGCUGAUGACCCAUACCUGAAGUACCAUGAACGGGUCAACCUCAAAGUGUAAUUUGACAAUUCAUGGCAUCUUGUUUUGUGGUCGAAUAUAAUGUACUGUUGUAAUAUACAUAAUAAAG